ACAAGAACCGAACCAAAUUGAAUCUCGUUCAUCGUUAUUGGAACAUACAUAAAGUGGAGCUAUAAUUCUGAGCGAGCAUGCUAUAACGUAGCUACUGCUGCAGCUGUAGUCAUAGAAUAUAGAUUUUUCCAAGCAUUGCGCAGUCCGUCUGCUAUUUACGCAUCCCAUUGGGUAUAUUUAUGUCGGCUUGCUUGGCCUUCUUGUGUUGCUACUUGGACUAUUUCUUAGUUUAGUUUUUGUCAUAUUUUCCCUUCAAAGAUACGAAGACCGCUCAAUUUACUUAAUUGAUUCUUGCCUAUCCUAUUUGUAUCCCAUUUUUUCUGUACAUCUGUUGGAAUGCUUGGGACCAGACUUUUGUCUAGUUACUAAGAGCAAUUGCUACGAUACCAGAGCUUGUCCAUUAGUUAUGACUUUGUCAACGAAUUGUUAUACAACUGGCAGCCAAUAGCCAAAAAAUGUUAGAUAAGAUAUGGCUUACUGAAUAAAGCUAACGAUGAAGUUCCAGGCUAUAGCCCUCCAUUUUGCAUUAGACCAUCCAUUAUACCAAAUGGAGGGCUGACGGGACAACGAUCAUGUAGACUCGUGAGCUCUUAAGCCAUGAUCAAUGAGCCCACCCCCUAGUUCUAGGAAUAUAUGAAGGUCAGUUCUUAUCUGAGCAUCAUCAGAAGAUCGAGCUGGGCGCCAACUGGAUACAUGGCGUCCUGGGAAACCCAAUAUUCGAAUUCGCCAUGCAGCAUGGUCUAGUCAGCGUGGUGAAUGUACCAAAGCCCCACAAAGUCGUGGCCACCACCGAAGAUGGGCAUCAAGUUCCUUUCAGCAUACUACAAGAGAUCUACGAGGCGUACGUGUGCUUUCUACGGCGUUGCGACGAGUAUUUUUUGUGUCAGUAUAGCCCCCCACCGGAUAUACAUAGCGUGGGCGAGCACAUCAACUACGAGAUCGAGAUCUAUCUGAGCUCGGUGCAGGAUCCAAAGGAGAAGCGCCUCAAGCAGUCCAUAUUUAACUGUCUUCUCAAGCGAGAGACCUGUAUCACUGGCUGUAACAACAUGAACGAGGUGGAUCUCCUCGAGCUUGGCAGCUAUACAGAGCUACAGGGCGGCAAUAUAGUUCUGCCCUCUGGCUACAGCUCCAUACUGCGACCGUUAAGUGGCCAGAUACCACAGAAGUCUAUUUUGACCAAGUGCCCGGUAAAGAAGAUUCACUGGAAGCGGAAAAAGACGUUCACAGGCCUGGAAACCGUAGACGAACACUCGGAGAACGAGGACUCAGAUGAUUCGGAAAAGACUGUCACAGAAGUACCCACUGCGGGGGGUGCACUGCGGGGAGCCUCCGUCGAGUCCAACUCCAGUAGCAAUUGUGAUUAUCCCGCGGGAAAUGUUCGUGUAGACUGCGAGGAUGGACGCGUCUUUCACGCCGCCCAUGUGAUAUGCACUAUACCGCUGGGCGUGCUCAAGCAUACGCACAAAACCCUUUUUGAUCCGGAGCUGCCGCAGUUUAAGCAGGAAUCGAUUGAGAAUCUCAUGUUCGGGACUGUAGACAAGAUAUACUUGGAGUAUGAGAGGCCAUUCCUCAGUGCGGACAUAUCGGAGGUGAUGCUGCUGUGGAAUGAUGACAAGCGUGACAUGCACACCUGCACUGAGGAGGAGCUGGCCAGCGAGGCCUAUCUUAGCAAGAAUUGGUACAAGAAAAUCUACUCCUUUGCUAAGGUGACGGACACGCUUCUCCUGGGGUGGGUCUCUGGGCGCGAGGCCGAGUAUAUGGAGACGCUCUCUCACGAAGCUGUGGCGGAAAAGUGUACUGAAAUCCUGAGAAGCUUCCUGCAAGAUCCGUAUGUCCCGAAACCGAAGCGUUGCGUGUGUACGAGUUGGAAAUCGCAGGAAUUUACUGGAGGCGCCUAUACCUCUAUACCUGUGGGAGCCACCCAGGAAGAUAUUGAAAACCUGGCCCAGCCCCUGUAUGCAACGCCGCAGGCCAUGAAGCCCGCCAUCUUGUUUGCUGGAGAGCACACGCAUUCCAGCUUCUACUCCACCGUGCACGGCGCCUACUUGAGUGGGCGGACAGCGGCGCAGUAUCUGCUGGCCAAUGAUGAGCCCGAUGAGAUGAUUAUAAUGGAGUCGGACGGCAGCGACCUCAGCGCCUGGAUUCAAGGCAUCGCCCUGGACUAAGAACUUUAUAGACAGCAAAUCGAUAUUGUAUUAUAAUUUUUAUUUAGUUAUAUUACCGAUUACUUCUUGUACAAUUAUUGAAUGCUUUUUAGCUAGUGAUAUUCCAUUUUUUCCCGUUUAACAUUUUUUGCCGUGUAUCGUUUUUAGCGUAUUUUUUGUACGUCCUCAUUGAGAUUUUGUUAUAUGUAUGUUUGUUUUAUGAUCAAAUUUUGUGUAUAAUUUAUAUGGAACCCGCUUGUACAAUACUAUAAAUAAAUGUUACAAUAUAGCUGUGCUGAUCAAAGUGCUGCCAACCAACGGCA